CGCAUAGAGUGUAUCAUGUUGAAGAUGAGCGGGUGGCAGCGACAGAGCCAAAAUCAGAAUCGGAACCUGAGGAGAGAGUGUUCCAGAAGAAAGUGUAUCUUCAUACAUCACCACACCUGAAAGCAGAAUCUGAUCCAACUGCAGAGAUGGCAGCUGAGUCAUUGCCUUUCUCCUUUGGGACAGUGUCUAGCUGGGAGCUGGAAGCCUGGUAUGAGGACCUGCAAGAGGUCCUAUCCUCAGAUGAAAACGGGGGUACCUAUAUCUCACUCCCGGGAAAUGAAGAGGAAGAAUCAAAAACCUUUACCACUCUUGACCCUGCAUCUCUAGCUUGGCUGACGGAGGAGCCAGGACCAGCAGAGGUCACAAGCACCUCCCACAGCCCUCAUUCUUCUCCAGACUCCAGUCAGAGCUCCCUGGCACAGGAGGAAGAGGAAGAAGACCAAAGAAGAACCAGGAAGCGGAAACAAAGUAUCCAGUGCCCAGCCCAGGUUGGGAAGCAACGCAUGAAGGAAAAAGAACAGGAGAAUGAAAAGAAAGUGGCACAGCUAGCUGAAGAAAAUGAACGGCUCAAGCAGGAAAUUGAGCGCCUGACCAAGGAAGUAGAGGCAACACGCCGAGCUUUGAUUGACCGAAUGGUUAAUCUGCACCAAGCAUGAACAACUGGAACCAUCACUCCCCAACUUGAGCUACUACCUACCUUUCCCAGAAGUAGCUACUGACCAUUAUCACACCCAUGUCAAUGAUGUGACCCUUAACCACGUGUUCAAAAGGGGGAAGACUUGGGAUAGACCAAAGGAAAGGAAGGGUCUUGGCUUGUAUAUGUAGGUUGUACAUUUAUUAAUUACUGUCCAUAUCCAGUAAAGUGACU